AAGAAGAAGUCACUUUAUUCAUACCUGGUUUUAUAAAUACAUACACAUGCAGACCAACUACUCCGUCCUUCACCAUAUAAAUACAUCUCAUAUACCUACUUUCUUCUUAUCUUUGUUCUCACUGUUUCUUUCUGUUCUAUCUAAUAACAUUGAAACAUCGUCGAAUUCUCACCUUAUUCCUCUUCCAAAAUGAAUAUUGUAAUCGAAAACAACCCUUCGAGCAGAAGGUUAUCUGACCUUGGAGUCAUGUCAUGGCCUAAAUGGUCUUGUCAGCCGGGGAAAUAUGCAUUGGUAUUUGAAGAAAGAGAGACAUGCUAUUUGGUGAAGGGAAAGGUGAAGGUGUAUCCAAAAGGGUCAUCUGAGUUUGUAGAGUUUGGUGCAGGAGACCUUGUGACCAUCCCCAAGGGACUUAGCUGCACUUGGGAUGUAUCACUUUUCAUAGACAAACACUACAAGUUCGAUCCUCCUACUUCUCCAUAAUUUUUCCUAACUACAAUCUAGUUUUGGGUUAGUCUUUAUCACCACGAAGCAUAAAAGACUCUAUAUUCAGACAAUAAAAUAUAGAAGAGAAACCAAAAAGAUAAUGCUUAGGAUACGUGUAAAGCCCUUCCUAGAUUAUGUUUUCAGAUGUAACUUCUUUGUUUCUCAUAGAACAAACAAUCGGCACAUGCCAAUAUUCGUUUCACUUUGAAACUUCUGUUUAUCUGGAAAACAGUAGAUCAAAUCACGCGUAAAGCAGAGAUAUGAACUCCUGUUUCGUACUAAAGAAACUUGCUAAAUGAAGGAUUCCCUAUUAACUGAUAUUGUUCUUUACUCU